UGUAAAGCUGACUGCGUACCCGAAAACCGUGAGACGGAUGCUUUGCAUAGAAAAAAUAAGCUUCUUUUUUCUCCUGUUUGUUUUGGAAUUUCACAUUCAUCCGUGUUCUAUAUUCUGGAGUAAAUAAGAAAACCAGCAGGUGCUAAGGAAGGGGAGGAACCGGGUGGACAGCACGUGAAUCUCUCACUUAACCAGAGCCAGGAAAUAGGAAGGAGAGGAACGCGUUACCAGCAAGUGCAGCAAAUUGGACUUGCCACCAUCAGCAACCCUCCUCUCUCUCUCCCUCCCUCUCUCUCUCUCUCUCUGUGUCUCUCUCUCUCGCCAUCCCUGCUCCUCCUCUGUAGGUCUCCCCACUUACUCCCAUCCAACCUCUUUCCCCCAGUCUCCCUCAGUAAUCCCCUCGCAGCGGAGCGCUCUCUGAAUAAAAGUGGUGGGGCUUUUUUUUUGUUGGAUUUCGGGGAGACUUGGUCAGACGCCGGAGAUGGAUUAAAGGGACGGUGCACCGCAAAACUGGAGCAGCACGCACGACCACGCCGGGGGGGAAGGGGGCGACGGGACUCGGUGAAUUCACGGAGCCCCCGGGACAGAGGCCUCGACUGGCCCCACCCCAAGAUGACGUCCCCCAAAAACAAAGCCAAGAAGAAACCGCCGAAAGACAGCAUGACACUGUUGCCAUGCUUUUAUUUUGUAGAGCUCCCCAUCGUCCUAUCCUCUUUGGUGUCCCUGUACUUCCUGGAGCUGACAGAUGUGCUGUCCCCUGCGAUGGUGGGCUUCCGUUGCCAUGACCGUGACCUCUCCAUGCCCUACGUAGAGACGGGCGAUGAGCUCAUCCCGCUGUUGAUGCUUCUGAGUUUGGCCUUCGCUGGCCCUGCGGCGUCCAUAAUGAUGGGGGAGGGACUGAUGUACUGUAUGCAGUCCAAGCUGAAGAGCUGUCCCAAGUCUGAGAGCAGCAUCAAUGCUGGAGGCUGCAGCUUCAACUCCUUCCUACGCAGAACUGUGCGCUUUGUCGGUGUUCAUGUGUUCGGUCUCCUGGCAACAGCCUUGGUGACAGGUGUCAUCCAGUUAGCUACAGGUUACCACGCCCCUUUCUUCCUCACCGUCUGCCAGCCCAAUUACACGGCCCCAGGAGUGUCAUGUGACAACAACGCCUACAUCACACAGGACAUCUGCAUGGGGAAAGACCAGUAUGCCAUCAUGUCAGCUAGGAAAACAUUUCCAUCCCAGCAUGCAACACUCUCUGGCUUCGCUGCUGUCUAUAUCUCCAUGUAUUUUAAUGCCAGCAUCAGCAGCACGACCAAACUGCUGAAGCCACUCCUGGUGUUUGCUUUCUGCAUGGCGGCAGGGCUCGCAGGGCUGACGCAGAUCACUCAGCACCGCAGUCACCCAAUAGACGUCUACGUGGGAUACCUCAUAGGAGCCGGCGUCGGCGUUUACCUGGCCGUGUAUGCAGUGGGAAACUUCAAAUCAUCAGAAGAAGAUGCUCCCUCCUUACAUAGACUCGCCCCAGCUCAGCAGAAGGACAGCCUUAGGGUGCUGAGCCAGCGGAGUCAUGACUCCCUGUACAGGAAGACUCCCAGGGUGUCGGAGAGCAGAGAGGAGCUGGGGGCAGGGCUGGGAUCUGGGGCCCGGAGUAAGGUGAGGAGGGAGAAGGCCUCCCUGGCUUCACUCAAGCGAGCAAGCGCUGAUGUGGAGCUCCUGGCAACCCGGGGUCCCAUGGGCAAGGAAACCAUGGUAACCUUCAGCAACACAUUGCCCCGAGUUGCAAACGGCAACAGCCCCAUCUCUCCCUCAGAGGAGCCGGUUACCACGCAGCGCCACAUGACCUUCCACGUGCCAUUUGACCCCCAGAGGUCUCGACAGCUGGUAUCAGAGUGGAAGCAGCGCUCGCUGGAGCUCCGCAGCCAGAGCUCAAGGGACGAGGAGGAGGGAACUGAUGAGAGAGAUGGAGUAGAUGAAGGAGGAGGAGGAGGAGCAGCAGGAGAAGGAGGAGACCAGGGGAUGCCAUCCUCUCUGUAUCCCACGGUGCAAGCCAACAAGGGCACCGCCACACCAACUGGAGCCAGGAUGGUGGUGGCACCCCCACUGGUUCACAUCCCAGAGGAGGCCUCUCGGCCACCGCCUGUCUCCCCGAAGAGCGCUAAAACCCGUGCCAAGUGGCUGUCACUCACAGAGGGGGGAGCGGUGAAAGAGCCGGGAACAGGGCCCAUCGCGGUGUCAACUCCCCGCGUGCCCAACACGCAGCCAAACCAGCCGCCAAGCCAGCAAAGAGUCACUCAGGUGAUAGCUAUGUCAAAGCAGCAGGGUCAUGGGCCCAUCACCUCAUCCACUAAGACAUCAGAGGGUGGCUCCUCGUCCGGCGGCGGGUCCAACUGCUCAGAGUCACCCUACUACAGGAUCCCGUCUGAUCGAGACAGCUGCACCGGGAGCAACCCAGGAAGCAUCGCCGGAAGCGGGAGCAUCGUCACCAUCGACGCUCACGCCCCUCACCACCCAGUGGUGCGUGUGUCGGCCAGUAACGGCAAGCCGUGGGAGUGGAGGAACACCAUCAGCGGGAACAUGAUGACCGCUGACACAGCAGGGGACAAACACCGCGUAGCGCUGCAGCGACAGGACAAUGUCAGUCACUACCGGGAUUACCGGACACUCCCAGUGAAAUCAGACUCGCUCUGCUCCUCCUCGGCCAGUGGCAGCGCUGAGGGAGGAGCGGAGCUGCCUCCCCCGCCUCUCCCCACCUCCUCCUCCCCUCUGCCUCCCCCACCUCAGCUGUCGUCAUCUCCUCUCCCGCCGCCACCUCCUCACUCCUCAUCUUCCCCGCUGCCUCCCCCUCCUCACCCGUGCUCCUCUCAAAUGCCUCCUCCUCUCCCUCACCCUCAUAUGCUUCCACCGCCUCACCCAUCCUCUCAGAUGUCCCCACCUCCUAUCCCAUCAUCCUCCCACAUGCCCCCGCCUCCUCACCCAUCUAUCUGUCAAAUGCCCCCACCUCCUCACCCAUCUUCCUCCAUGCCGCCACCCCCUCACCCGUCCUGCUCCAGCAUGCUCCCCCCUCCUCCCCACCCCGAUCUACUGAUGGAUGGCCACAGCCAGACAUUGUCCCGCUCCUCCACCCUGCCUCGCCGGCCUUCCGUCUCCGCCCGCAGCCACGCUGAGCAGGAGCACUAUUACAAGGCCAUGCAGAACGAGAGGAUGUUAUAGUAAAAGGGGGAAGACUACGGACAUCAUUGCCAUAUAAAUGAUUGUACUUCAGAAGACUCAACUAAAAGAGACAGUGAAAAAAGUGGGUUGUGGCAGGUGAAAAGAGAUUUAUUACUUUCAAAAAAUGACAAAAAAAAAAAGGUUUUGAGACACUAAAUCCGGGAGAGCGGCUUCAUUCAAAAUGCUGGAAAUGAGGCGAGUGCAGGGGUGAAGGACUGUGGGGAGGUCUGGCAGCUCACACACUCAGCAGGGGACCUGGUUUUAGAAAGACCUGCUCACACGUACUGCCCACAGCGCCGGCUCAACGGCCCUGACUGGGAAAGGAAACGGACUGGAAGAGGGAAGAAAGAGAAAGUCAAAAGAGAGCGGGGUGAAGAAUUAAAAUCCUACUUCACCUCUAGUUUUUAACACGCGCAUCCUCCGUGUUCCUUUAUGACACAUUCAAAGAAGGAAAGGAAGAAGUUGCAGCUGAGAGAGCGAUAUCACAAUGAACGGUCUGGGAUUUGCUAAAUCAAGUUUCCCUUGAGAGGAGGCGGAUAAGACUGAGAAAACAAAACAACUACAGGCAAUACUAGCUUUCCUUAAACUAGUGCAGCUGUUCGAGCCUGCCAACCCUUACACACAGAGAAUUUGUUCUCCCAACGCAUUCUUCAAAAGCACCCAAAAGGUAUGAAUAAGGAAAUGCAAUAAUGUGUACUUCAGCUACAGGUUCAAGAGUAUUAACUACAACCCACAAAAGCAUGAGUCUCUUUACCCCUUCUGAAUAAACACACUCCGAAUGGGGAAUUUUCUGUUUGAUGCCAAGCAAAUCUAUAAGUAUCCACCCGAAAGAGCCGGCUUAGGAAGCGUUGCUUCUGGACGGGGUGCGGGAAGGGAGGAGGGGUGGGUAUAAGGAGGAUCACGCACAGUUGGGCACCCCUAUACAGACGUCACUGAAUGGAUUACUGUUGUAAACAUGAGAGGCGGUGGAACGGAAAGCGAAUUUUUCCUCAAGUGAAGAGGCUGGCUGCGCCGCACAGCACAGCGAGCCAGGCAACCAGUCUGUCUUUGCUAUGUGUGUGCAAACCUGCCACGGAGCCUCAAGCGGCACUAAGGAGAUUAACGUUUGUUUAUCAAACCAUGCUAGCACACUCUUCCCUCUGUCGCCCUUCGCAUUUGGCCCCUUUGGCGAAUCACAAUGGCGAUGGGAACGCUAACGGGAAGCCGCCCAGCCAGUAGCGCAGCCUGACAUCACGACCAACAUCCACAUUGGCUCAAGCAGGUGGUGUUUGGAUGCGGCUAACUGGCUUGUUGCUACCAGUAUGUUUAUACCUGUUAGCAUUUCAAAGAUUGUGGUAACACUUUCUAACAACGUAUACUUGACAAGGGGUUUAGAAGUUGUUGGUUUGUUUAUAAUCGUUUAUUUAUACUUUAUAGAUCAAUAAUUAGACGUUCUUAAGAGGAACUUGUUCAAAUUGUGUCAGGUUGUAAGAACAUCCACGUAUUGUGUAGCUAUUUGAUUUAUGAGGAAGAGCUUUGUAGGAAGUUAGUAAUAUUUCAUCCAUCCAUCCAUCCAUCGUCCGGACCCACUGAUCCUCUACAGGGUCAUAAGGGAUUACCAGUCUAUCACCCUUUAUUAAGUAUGGCUUAUUAGGAAGUGAUACCAAGUCUUUUAGUUCUUCUUUGUUACAUAAAUAAACUAAACUACUAAAUAAACUGCAGUAGCUUUCAAACUGCAUCACAAGGUCUUUAUCAGCAGAUGUAUAUUUUUUGCUCAGUCACCAUGGAGCUGUAGAUGAACAAUGGAGAAAUUAUAUCGUCUGACACGGAUCAUGUGAUGCAGUGAAAAGCUCCAGCUCAACCAAGUAAGCGGAUCUUGAAUUGAAACUGUUUUGUUUGCUGUUCCAAAAGUCAACAUUGAACUGUAAACCAAAAAAAAGUUUAAAUUUAGUUCAGUCAUUCUCUAAAAAAUGCAAGUCACCAAAACGAUGGAAAAUUAAAUGACAACAGUUUUGGUGGCUGAUAGCUGCUCAUAGUCAGCUCAAAGCUCAUAAUGAGUCAUUUAUCAAAUGAAAAUGCUUCACAAAUAUGACAAAUUGCUGCUUUCUCAGAAGAAUUGUAAUAAGUUUUCUCCAUUUUCUAACAUUUACAGUCAAAACGAUUACUAAUUAAUUAUAUAAUUAAUUUAAUGGUUCAUUCUAAUAAGGUACUGCAGAUAAAAAGCAGUUGCAGACCCAAGAAAUACACUUUCAUCUGACUUCUACUGCAAGUGCGUGUUCUUCCUGCCCUCCCCUGUAUUUAUACUAUGUUGUAUAGCGUCAUCAUCCGGUAUCUAUCACUUCAUGCAUCCCAGUUUUUUUCUAUCAGAGAAUAUUCCAACAACAAGAAGUGCUUUAUUUUAGAUCAUACUUUGAUCAUAUUCUAAUGAAAAAUACUGGUUUCCACCCAUGUAAAACAUCUGAAAGAUAUGUAAACCAGUUUUGUAAAGUUGUGCUAGGACGAGGCUGCGUUAAAUGGAACAACAACUUGUAUUUUGUAGUGGAGCUCCUCAGACGAGGAGCUGGUAGAUAACAUUGCUUGUCAGUUUGUGCUGCAUGUGUGUACGAACGUGUUUUUAAAAAACUAAAAAAAAACUAAAAAAAAAACAACUUUAUUUCUGUGCUUCAAGUCUGCACCGUUACCUUUGACAGACAAACAUGCUGCAUUUUUCAGUGCUGGUGAUUAUCGUACUACUUUCCCCCAUUUUGACUGUAAAAAUACUUGAUAUUACCUAAUAUUAUUAAUACCAUUAUUAUUCUGCAGUCCUUUUUAUGGGCUAAUGUUUUCUAUCUGUGGUGAUGUGUAAUAUUAUUAACCUCAUUGAAUAAAAAAAUGAAGACUUCUUAA